AUGAACGCAGACUUCAUGAUUUUUACACUCUGGCUUGUUCAUUAUGAUCCGACUGGCAACGAAUUUAAAUAUUCCUGGCUGCCGUACUUGAGUCGGCAUAAAGAGGGAAGCGAGGGUCUAUGGAGAAAGACGAGGGGAGGAGAAAGCGGGUCUCAGGGCCAGCCUCAGAGUGCGAGUUCGGUGGACGACGCACAUUGUUGGACACAGCCUCUUCGCUUCCGGGUCUUAAUGGCAAAGGUUGAUGAAAAUGGGGAGGUACAAGAAAGGGGAGGCAAUGCAGAUGCUGAGGAGGAAGCCGAGAUCACGAAGUGGACACAUCUCGACUACGUGCAAGUAUUUGACCCUCUGACGGACUCGAUACCAGGUAAUCCUGCUCAUCGCCCAGUCUAUCGUUACUGA